AUGGCCUCUUCUACUGCCCUGCUACGUGGCAUUGAUGUGCCUGACAUCUGCAGGACUGCCACCCGGUCUAAUGUCUCCACCUUCAUCACUCACUGCAGACUAGACCUGAGGGCCAAGAAGGAGACAUGUUUCGGGAGAGCGGUGUUGACGUCUGUCCUCCAAGCCGUUGUUGUUUCAGCGGAGACUCCGAUUGAGGAGUUCACCCCGACGCCCGCUUUCCCAGCACUCCAGUACCUGGAAUCCGUGGAUGUGGAGGGUGUGGCGUGGCGAGCGGGACUGCGCACCGGAGACUUCCUGAUCGAGGUGAACGGAGUAAAUGUGGUCAAGGUGGGACACAAGCAAGUGGUCUCGCUCAUCCGUCAGGGGGGGAACCACCUGGUGAUGAAAGUGGUCUCUGUCAGUCGCAAGCCAGAGUCAGAGGACGUCGUUCGGAAGAAAGAGAAAUUGGAUGAGAUUUUGGCAGCCGCCGAGCCUUCGCUGAGAGCGGACAUUGUAGAAGCUGAUUCCAGGGCAGCCACUGUGAAGCAGCGACCGACGAGCCGGCGGAUCACUCCUGCGGAGAUCAGUUCCCUGUUUGAGCGGCAAGGGAUGGCAGCGCAUGGUGGAGCAGAGAAACCCCACAUUUCCCUACGGAAAGGAAUUCCAAGGACGAAAUCUGUAGGAAGAGUCUACGACACCAUCCGGUCCAGUUUUAAGCCCGGCUUGGAGGCCAAGCUGCACGGGCUGCCCCAGGUGAUCAGCGCGGCUGAGAUGUACGACCAAGCCAGGGCCUCUGCCGUCCCGUACCCAGAGAGGCAGAAGCGGGCCCGCUCCAUGAUCAUCCUGCAGGACUCCUCCCAUGUGCCCGUGGAACCCACCGACAUUCCCCGCCCGGGCCCUUCCGCCACCCCCCCGGAGAAGCUGAAGCGGAAGGGGCGCGUGGUGGACAACCCCUACGCCAACAUGGGCCAGUUCAAUGUCAGCGUCUUCGCCCCCACCAAGCCGCAGAGGAAGAAGAGUCCCCUGGUGAAGCAGCUGCAGGUGGAGGACGCCCAGGAGCGCGCAGCCCUCUCCAUCGUGGGGGGCUUCGCACGGGAGCCCUCCCCCACCCGGCGCAGCCAUCACCUGAGCGGAAUGGAGUACCCAGCGCCCCCGGUGGACGCGGCCAGCCUCCCCUUCACCACUGCCAUGGCUGGGGUCAUGAAGGACCGAGAGCGUCGCCUCGACGAAAAGCGGAAAUCCACUGUCUUCCUCUCCGUGGGGGCCAUUGAAGGGGGCCCCACCACCAUCGAGAUGCCAUCUCUGCAGCAGUCCCGCUCCAUCGACGAACGGCUGCUGGGGAGCCGAGAUGUGCUCCUGCCUUCGCCCGUCUCCGCUUUAAAGCCAUUAAUCAGCAGUUCCUCGUCAACGUUCAUCCACCCCCUCACAGGGAAACCCCUGGACCCCAACUCGCCCCUGGCGCUUGCGCUGGCCGCAAGGGAGCGGGCCCUUUCCAGCCAGGGCCCCUCCAGAGGGCCCACCCCCCUCCACAGCCCAGACUCCGACCGCGCAGCCCCCCUGUUUGUGGACGUCCAAACCAAAGAACCCGAGAGGGGGGACCUGGGGGGCCUGGUCUCGCCUGCGUACUCGCCGGGGGGCAAGGCACCCACACCGGGCACUUUGACCCCGACGCAGAGCCACUGGGGGACGCCAACAACUGUGAGGAAAGCGGGCGAGGCUCGCCCCGAGACGCCCAUCAAGGAGGAGAAGAAAGCAGAAGACAAGAAGUCCAUGAUCAUCAGCAUCGUGGACACGUCGCAGCAGAAGACGGCCGGCCUCGUCAUGGUGCACGCGACGAGCAACAGCCAGGACCUCGGGCUGGACGUGAUGGAGGAGAAGCCACCGGUCCCCGAGGCAGGCCCAGAGCCCUCGGAGCUGGCCGUGGCCGAGGCUCAGCCCAGCCCUGUGGCCAAGGCCCCCGUCAGCCCUGCCUCGGACAAGACCCUGGGGCAAGGGAGCUCGGAGGAGGAAGUGGAACCAUACACCGUGACUCUGCCCCCCGCUCAGCUGUCAUCGAGCGACGAGGAGACCAGGGAGGAGCUGGCUAAGAUCGGCCUGGUGCCUCCCCCGGAGGAGUUUGCAAACGGGGUGCUUGUCACCACCCCAGGCACACCUAUCAGCCAGCUGGCUGCCCCAGCAGUCGCCACGCCAUCCAUACCAGCGGCAGCAGUAGCACCUUCUACCACUGGUGGAACACCCUCAGGGAAGCCCUCGGAUGCCCCCACAGCCCCGGAGUCUGCCGCAGACUCCGGAGUGGAAGAGGUGGACACCAGGAGUUCAAGCGACCAUCACCUGGAGACCACAAGCACCAUCUCCACCGUCUCCAGCAUGUCCACGUUGUCCUCCGAGAGCGGGGAGCCCACCGACACCUACACUUCCUUUGCGGACGGACAAACUUUUAUACUCGAGAAGCCGCCAGUGCCUCCAAAGCCAAAACUCAAGUCCCAGCUCAGCAAAGGGCCGGUUACUUUCAGGGACCCACUUUUGAAGCAGUCUUCGGACAGCGAGCUCAUCGCCCAGCAACACGCGGCCAUUCUGGCUUCCGCCAGUGUUGGCCGCCCACGCUACCUCUUUCAGCGAAGGUCCAAGCUGUGGGGGGACCCCCUGGACAGCAGGCCGGUCCACGGGGCUGAGGACGACAAACCGACUGUGAUCAGCGAGCUGAGCUCCCGGCUGCAGCAGCUGAACAAGGACACCCGCUCUUUGGGGGAGGAGCCGGCUGGGGGCGCCUUAGACCCCGGGAAGAAGUCCCCAGUAGUGGCAGCACGACUUUUCAGUAGUUUAGGAGAACUGAGCACCAUUUCCCAGCGCAGCUCCGGCACCACCUACACCGUGCGUCCUGGCAGCCGCUACCCUGUCACCCGACGCACUCCUAGCCCGGUCAAGCCCGCUCUGGACAGGACAGACCCGCUCAGCAGCGUCCGGCCCUACGGGCUCACCCCGCCCACCAUCCUCAAAUCUUCCAGCCUCUCCAUCCCACAUGAACCCAAGGAAGUGCGCUUUGUGGUGAGGAGCGUGAGCGCCCGGAGCCGCUCCCCAUCGCCCUCGCCGUCCCCCACCGCCGCCCUGCAUACCCUCCACCCGCCUCGGCCCUUCCUGCAGAAGCCACUACACCUGUGGAACAAGUACGAUGUGGGGGACUGGCUGGAGAGCAUCCACCUGGUGGAGCACCGGGACAAAUUUGAGGACAACGAGAUUGAGGGCACCCACCUGCCGGCCCUGACCAAGGAGGAUUUUGUGGAGCUGGGGGUGACGCGGGUCGGGCACCGCAUGAACAUUGAGCGGGCACUCAAACAGAUGGUAGACAGCUGACCACCCCAGGCAGCGCCAGCCUCUGGGGAAGGGGCUGCGGGGGGGCUGUUUCUACUAGACGUAAGCCGGAACCCACUGGACACGCUUUCAAUUCUACUCUGACCACUGCACUGAAGGGGGGGGAGAGAGAGCUGACAAGCAUCUGCUGGGUCAGUCUCUCUCUCUCUCUCUCUCUCUUUCUCUCUCAAUAUCUCCUCCCCGACUCUCUCGCAUGCAUGCAUCCUUCCUUUGCCUGGAGAAGAGGAAGGGUGUGUGACGACUCAUUCCCCCAUAUGUUUGUCCAGGGGAGUCUGGCCUGCACAAUUCUGGAUGUGCCCUUGCCCAAGAGAGUCACUGCAGGACAGGUGGUUCUGGGGAAGGGAGAGGGGGCCCAGAUUUUGAGGACACCACUUGUGUGGGAUACCCAUAAGGAGUGCACGGAGCGGUGGAGGGGGAGGAGGGUGUUAUGAGAAGAGGCAGAGGAAGCACCGGGGAGGAGAUGGCGCAGCUCAGUUGUGCUGGGUCUGAGCUGCAUUGCGGCUCGUAUCUGCAUCAGUUUAUCCGGAGACAAAGUAGUGGCUUAAGGAUCUCUUUGGAAAGGGGAGGCGUCCCGAUGUAGGCAGGAUGCAGCCUGCUGGGGAGUGACAGAAAUGGCUAAGGAGACCUCUGGAACUCCCACCAGGCAGCACCUUCUGAGGGAGGCUGCAGGUCGGGGGGAGUCCUUGUGGCUCAGGGGUUAAACUGCAACGCUGCAGUGAAAACUCUGCUCACAACCGCUUUUGAUCCCAGCGGAUUCAGGUAGCCGGCUUAAGGUUCACUCAA